CGAGGCACUUGCAGCGCCUGCGCUGCGAUCCUGUGCUCUACCGCUGUACAACUAGUCCUGGGCGCCACAGACAUGGAACCACUCCUGUACUUACCGAAGACCAUCUCUGGAACUAGGAUUUGCAGGUGGAAUACUAGUGCGGCGCCACUAUUACACCCACCUGGCUACUUUUCCACACUUUUCGGCCCUUGUCACAGGCCAACCUCGAACCUCGACCUGGAUCCCUUGACCUAGCAUACCCUCGGAGACGGCGGCGAUCACAAUGAACUCAGCUACUACCGAAUUUACGGCCUAUCGUACAUUAUUGUACACGGAGGACAACAGCAGGACAUGCCAACUGCAUGUGUGUCCAGAUCGUCCCUUAAGCAGACCGUGACGGAUACCAUGUGCUCGAGCAGGACAAUCCCAGCAAGUGAAUAAUAUCGAUCGGUCAGCAACACAGGUCACCAAUUAGGACAACCUCAGGUGGCAAUCUCAGUUUCUCAGGCACGGAAAAGCAUGAUCGAAUAUUACACCUUGAUGAUCGACCUUGUUGAUCCUGGCGUCACUGAAUUAUGCUUGGCUGAUGUUCGAGGAAUAUCAAUGCAUUCGCUCUGAUCUAACCCGGCUAGAGCAACAGACGAAAAUGAGACUAAAGCAGGGUCGCUUGCAGCAUUUUGAUGCACUGCAUACAACACAGAGGCGGUUGGUGUGGAAAUCAGGACAAAUCAGCCGAUCAGGCAUUUGGGACCAACCGCAUUCUCCGGGUGCCCAACACAACCUGAAUUGUAGAGUGCUUGCAACAUCUGAGGACUAUUGCAACAGCUUCCACGGAACUUAUUAUGGUAUCUGGAUAUUCAAAGUUCAAAAGCGAUGCUUGCCAGGUCAAAUGAUCAGGAUACUUGAGACUUGACGAGUGAACUCCUUUAAAAGGCAUAACCUGGACACAAGCUGUUAGCUCCACGGAUCCCGCCAAAAUGGCCCGGAUUCCACUUUUGAUAUUGUGGAGAUGGUCACCGCGGCGAGCUACGCACGCAGAGCA